AUGGCAUGGGUCUUGUAUACAGUUUCAGCCGUGCAGUUUGAUUCUGGUCUUUGUUUGGCUCUCAGUCCUAUGGCUCGUAAUGAAGAACUCUUCCAACAUAAAUUUGUCAGUGCACAGACUCAGAUAUCCCAGGUUCACUCUUUCUUAUCUGACUUUGUUCUUACUACUGCUGUUCUCCCAAAGUUUGGUGGUCCUCCAGUGCAAUCCCAUUGGUCCAGGCCUUGUCUUCCUUUUCUCAAAUUAAAUGUAGAUGGUGCAAUUGAUGAUUUAGCAGGAAGGAGAGGCUUAGGUGCUGUUUUGAGGAAUGAAAAUGGUGAGUUGAUGUUGGCUGUGUCUAAAGGCUUCAUGGGAGGUUUUGGUGCCAAAGCUACGAAACUUUAUGUUGCAGCUCUUGGGCUUCAAACUAUCUCUCAAGCUGUCUUCCAAAAUUCACAAAUUAUCUUAGAGAUGGAUGCUUUAUUGGCAGUCAAUGAUCUCAAAGACGAGGAGCCAAACUGGUCUUUUGACGGUGCUUUAAUUGAGGAGGUGAAGACUUUGUUUCACCUCUUCCCUUUAGUAAUGUGUACAUAUUGCCUUAGGAAAUGUAAUCAGGCAGCGCACUCUAGGCACGCGCUUUUGUUUCCUGCAUUUCAUGUUUGGGUAGAUAAUGGACCACAAUGA